AUUAAAACUGUCUCGAACAGUUCGGCGGACUAGUUGUCCUUCGUGAGUUCGAUCAAGCACCCCCUUUCUACAAUGCUCCGAUACAUCUCGAUUGUGUUCCUUUUGGUCACCGUAGCCACCGCAAGUGACCCGAGAUGUCCGGAUCAGGCAAGCAACGCACAAACCGUUCAUUUACCACAUCCAUCCGAGUGUGGAAAAUUUCUAACCUGCGUGUGGGGUAAAGUCGUAGAACAGGCCUGCCCGGCUGGCCUCCAUUGGAACAGUCACGGUAACUACUGCGACUGGCCGGCGAACGUCGAUUGUGACUCUUCGGUGAAGGAACCGCCGUGUGUUGACGGAGCGUUUGCACCCCAUGGAGAAGACUGCAGCAAGUUCUACGUUUGUGUUCAUGGAAAACAGUGGCUUCUCAGUUGUCCUCCGGGGUUACAUUUCAAUCCCAGUUCAAAUGUGUGUGACUUCCCUUCGAACGCCAACUGUGCAGGGCAAACGAGUACGGUGGAGAACGAAGUGACUGACACAACUUCAGCAUCUGUAACAAGCUCUGAGGGCAGUACGACAAUCGAAAACACAACAACAGCAGAUUCAUCGAGUGAGAGCUCUACGGAGCCUGGGUCAACUACUUCUGAACAACCUGACCCCUCAACGGAAGGUACCACAGCUGAAGCAGAUUCUACAACUUCAGAAUCGUCGAACGAAAGCUCUACGGAGCCAGUGGUAUCUUCGUCUGAACAAUCUGAACCCUCAACGGAAAGUACUACAGCUGAAGCAGAUUCCACAACAUCAGAAUCGUCGAACGAAAGCUCUACGGAACCCGCGGUAUCAACUUCUGAGCAACCUGAACCCACUACGGAAGGUACCACAACUGAAGCAGAUUCCACAACUUCAGAACCGUCGAAUGAAAGCUCUACGGAGCCCGCAGUAUCUACGUCUGAACAACCUGAACCCUCUACGGAAGGUACCACAGCUGAAGCAGAUUCCACAACUUCAGAAUCGUCGAACGAAAGCUCUAUGGAACCCGCGGUAUCAACGUCUGAACAACCUGAAUCAUCUACGGAAGGUACCACAUCUGAAGCAGAUUCCACAACAUCAGAAUCUUCGAACGAAAGCUCUACGGAACCCGCGGAAUCUACUUCUGAGCAACCUGACCCCUCUACAGAAGGUACCACAACUGUAGAAGACUCCACAACUUCAGAAUCGUCGAACGAAAGCUCUACAGAACCUGCGGUAUCCACGUCUGAACAACCUGAUCCCUCAACGGAAGGUACAACAGCUGAUGUUGAUUCUACAACUUCAGAAUCGUCGAACGAAAGCUCUACGGAACCCGCGGUAUCAUCAUCUGAACAACCUGAACCCUCAACGGAAGAUACCACAACUCAGGAAGAUACCACAACUUCAGAAUCGUCGAGCGAAAGCUCUACAGAACCCGCGGUAUCUACAUCUGAACAACCUGAACCCUCAACAGAAGGUACCACAAUUGAAGCAGAUUCCACAACUUCAGAAUCGUCGAACGAAAGCUCUACAGAACCCGCGGAAUCUACAUCUGAGCUACCUGAUCCAGAAGGUAGCACAACUGUAGAAGAUUCCACAACUUCAGAAUCGUCGAACGAAAGCUCUACGGAACCCGCGGUAUCUACGUCUGAACAACCUGAUCCCUCAACGGAAGGUACAACAGCUGAUGUUGAUUCUGCAACUUCAGAAUCGUCGAAUGAAAGCUCUACGGAACUCGUGAUAUCUACCUCUGAACAACCUGAACCAUCUACGGAAGGUACCACAGCUGAAGCAGAUUCCACAACUUCAGAAUCUUCGAACGAAAGCUCUACGGAACCCGCGGUAUCUACGUCUGAACAACCUGAACUCACUACGGAAGGUAGCACAACUGAAGCAGAUUCCACAACUUCAGAAUCGUCGAACGAAAGCUCUACGGAACCCGUGGUAUCUACGUCUGAACAACCUGAACCAUCUACGGAAGGUACCACAGCUGAAGCAGAUUCCACAACUUCAGAAUCAUCUAACGAAAGCUCUACGGAACCCGUGGUAUCUACGUCUGAACAACCUGAACCAUCUACGGAAGGUACCACAGCUGAAGCAGAUUCCACAACUUCAGAAUCAUCUAACGAAAGCUCUACGGAACCCGCGGUACCUACGUCUGAACAACCUGAACCCUCAACAGAAGUUACCACAACUCAGGAAGAUACCACAACUUCAGAAUCGUCGAACGAAAGCUCUACGGAACCCGCGGUAUCAUCAUCUGAACAACCUGAACCCUCAACGGAAGAUACCACAACUCAGGAAGAUACCACAACUUCAGAAUCGUCGAACGAAAGCUCUACGGAACCCACGGUAUCAACGUCUGAACAACCAGAACCAUCUACGGAAGGUACCACAUCUGAAGCAGAUUCCACAAUAUCAGAAUCUUCGAACGAAAGCUCUACGGAACUUGCGGAAUCAACUUCUGAGCAACCUGAUCCCUCUACAGAAGGUAGCACAACUGUAGAAGAUUCCACAACUUCAGAAUCGUCGAACGAAAGCUCUACGGAACCUGCAGUAUCUACAUCUGAACAACCUAAACCCUCAACGGAGGAUACCACAACUGAAGCACAUUCCACAACUUCAGAAUCGUCUCACGAAAGCUCUACGGAACCCGCGGUAUCUACAUCUGAACAACCUGAAUCCCCAACAGAAAGUACCACAGCUGAGGCAGAUUCCACAACUUCAGAAUCGUCUAACGAAAGCUCUACGGAACCCGCGGUAUCUACGUCUGAACAACCAGAACCAUCUACGGAAGGUACCACAGCUGAAACAGAUUCCACAACUUCAGAAUCGUCGAAUGAAAGCUCUACGGAACCUGCGGUAUCAACUUCUGAGCAUCCUGAACUCUCAACGGAGGAUACCACAACUGAAGCACAUUCCACAACUUCAGAAUCGUCGAACGAAAGCUCUACAGAACCCGUGGCAUCUACUUCUGAUCAACCUGAAUCCCCAACAGAAAGUACCACAGCUGAGGCAGAUUCCACAACUUCAGAAUCGUCUAACGAAAGCUCUACGGAACCCGCGGUAUCUACGUCUGAACAACCAGAACCAUCUACGGAAGGUACCACAGCUGAAACAGAUUCCACAACUUCAGAAUCGUCGAAUGAAAGCUCUACGGAACCUGCGGUAUCAACUUCUGAGCAUCCUGAACUCUCAACGGAGGAUACCACAACUCAGGAAGAUACCACAACUUCAGAAUCGUCGAACGAAAGCUCUACGGAACCCGCGGUAUCAUCAUCUGAACAACCUGAACCCUCAACGGAAGAUACCACAACUCAGGAAGAUACCACAACUUCAGAAUCGUCGAACGAAAGCUCUACGGAACCCACGGUAUCAACGUCUGAACAACCAGAACCAUCUACGGAAGGUACCACAUCUGAAGCAGAUUCCACAAUAUCAGAAUCUUCGAACGAAAGCUCUACGGAACUUGCGGAAUCAACUUCUGAGCAACCUGAUCCCUCUACAGAAGGUAGCACAACUGUAGAAGAUUCCACAACUUCAGAAUCGUCGAACGAAAGCUCUACGGAACCUGCAGUAUCUACAUCUGAACAACCUAAACCCUCAACGGAGGAUACCACAACUGAAGCACAUUCCACAACUUCAGAAUCGUCUCACGAAAGCUCUACGGAACCCGCGGUAUCUACAUCUGAACAACCUGAAUCCCCAACAGAAAGUACCACAGCUGAGGCAGAUUCCACAACUUCAGAAUCGUCUAACGAAAGCUCUACGGAACCCGCGGUAUCUACGUCUGAACAACCAGAACCAUCUACGGAAGGUACCACAGCUGAAACAGAUUCCACAACUUCAGAAUCGUCGAAUGAAAGCUCUACGGAACCUGCGGUAUCAACUUCUGAGCAUCCUGAACUCUCAACGGAGGAUACCACAACUGAAGCACAUUCCACAACUUCAGAAUCGUCGAACGAAAGCUCUACAGAACCCGUGGCAUCUACUUCUGAUCAACCUGAAUCCCCAACAGAAAGUACCACAGCUGAAGCAGAUUCCACAACUUCAGAAUCGUCGAAUGAAAGUUCUACGGAAUCUGCGGUAUCUACGUCUGAACAACCUGAACCCACUACGGAAGGUACCACAGCUGAAGCAGAUUCCACAACAUCAGAAUCUUCGAACGAAAGCUCUACAGAACCCGCGGUAUCUACGUCUGAACAACCAGAACCAUCUACGGAAGGCACCACAACUGAAGCAGAUUCCACAACAUCAGAAUCUCCGAACGAAAGCUCUACAGAACCCGCGGUAUCUACGUCUGAACAACCUGAACCCUCAACAGAAGUUACCACAACUCAGGAAGAUACCACAACUUCAGAAUCGUCGAACGAAAGCUCUACGGAACCCGCGGUAUCAUCAUCUGAACAACCUGAACCCUCAACGGAAGAUACCACAACUCAGGAAGAUACCACAACUUCAGAAUCGUCGAACGAAAGCUCUACGGAACCCGCGGUAUCUACGUCUGAACAACUUGAACCAUCUACGGAAGGUACCACAAUUGAAGUAGAUUCCACAACUUCAGAAUCGUCGAACGAAAGCUCUACGGAACCCGCAGUAUCUACCUCUGAACAACCUGAUCCAUCUACAGAAAGCACCACAACUGAAGCAGAUUCCACAACUUCAGAAUCGUCGAACGAAAGCUCUACGGAACCCGCGGUAUCUACAUCUGAACAACCUGAACCCUCAACAGAAGUUACCACAACUCAGGAAGAUACCACAACUUCAGAAUCGUCGAACGAAAGCUCUACGGAACCCGCGGUAUCAUCAUCUGAACAACCUGAACCCUCAACGGAAGAUACCACAACUCAGGAAGAUACCCCAACUUCAGAAUCGUCGAACGAAAGCUCUACGGAACCCACGGUAUCAACGUCUGAACAACCUGAACCAUCUACGGAAGGUACCACAUCUGAAGCAGAUUCCACAAUAUCAGAAUCUUCGAACGAAAGCUCUACGGAACCUGCGGAAUCAACUUCUGAGCAACCUGAUCCCUCUACAGAAGGUAGCACAACUGUAGAAGAUUCCACAACUUCAGAAUCGUCGAACGAAAGCUCUACGGAACCUGCAGUAUCUACGUCUGAACAACCUAAACCCUCAACGGAGGAUACCACAACUGAAGCAGAUUCCACAACUUCAGAAUCGUCUCACGAAAGCUCUACGGAACCCGCGAUAUCUACAUCUGAACAACCUGAAUCCCCAACAGAAAGUACCACAGCUGAGGCAGAUUCCACAACUUCAGAAUCGUCUAACGAAAGCUCUACGGAACCCGCGGUAUCUACGUCUGAACAACCAGAACUCUCAACGGAAGGUACUACAGUUGAAGCAGAUUCCACAACUUCAGGAUCGUCGAACGAAAGCUCUACGGAACCCGCGGUAUCUACGUCUGAACAACCUAAACCCUCAACAGAAGUUACCACAACUCAGGAAGAUACCACAACUUCUGAAUCGUUGAACGAAAGCUCUACGGAACCCGCGGUAUCUACGUCUGAACAACCUGAUCCCUCAACGGAAGGUACAACAGCUGAUGUUGAUUCUACAACUUCAGAAUCUUCGAACGAAAGCUCUACGGAACCCGCGGUAUCUACAUCUGAUCAACCUGAACCCUCAACGGAAAGUGCCACAGUUGAAGCAGAUUCCACAACUUCAGAAUCGUCGAACGAAAGCACUACGGAACCCGCGGUAUCUACGUCUGAACAACCUGAAUCCUCAACGGAAGGUACAACAGCUGAAGUAGAUUCAACAACAUCAGAAUCGUCGAACGAAAGCUCUACGGAACCCGCAGAAUCUACGUCUGAACAUCCUGAACCCUCAACGGAUGGCACUACGAUUCAGGAAUAUUCCACAACACCAGCGCUAUCCAAUGCGAAUAUAACAGAAGUAGAAAUUCAUACCACAGAAGCAUCUGAUUCUGUGAUAUUAGGAAACUGACUGGUUACGUGGACUCAUCGAACAAGUGCAUACAAAAUUUCAUAUUCUAAAAUUUCAUGAAAUCAAGUAUACAAUAAAUGGGAUUUCAGGCCAAAUAAAAAGUUGUCUAUAUUGUU